UUGCUUUUGACUACGACAUCCUACGCCAAUACCAACGAGAUAUACUCUCGAAAGCACAGUGUCCCCCCCCUCCCCCCCCAGACACUAGGCAACACAGCAUUAACAUGGGAGACCAACGUCUCUUGGAGCACCGGCCGGUGCAGACCAGCGCCGUCUACGUCCUCGGCGCACCCCAUGCAGACUCAAUGCCACCCCCCUCGCCUCCUUCACCACCAGUGUCUCCGCCUGAAGAGGGGUUUUUCGAGGAAUUGGAGGAAUUGAGCUUGGGGUCGCCCGACGACCUCCCCGAGAACGACGAGAGUUGCGCCAAGGUACAGGACCGCCUCCACGCCGCAACACAUGUCCUGAAGACAGAGGCCGCAGCGUUGCGGGCCGUCGCAAACCUGUACGAGACGGACCCUGUCGCCAGGGACGGCUUCAACCGGACCGUCGCGGCAGUUACGCGGCACAAGGGCGAAAAGGGCAAGCUCAUUGUCACGGGCGUGGGCAAGUCUGGGCACAUCGCCAACAAGCUGGUCGCGACUUUCAACAGUCUGUCCAUCGCAUCCGUGUUUCUAAACCCCAUCGAUGCUUUACAUGGCGACUUAGGCAUCAUUCAACAACACGACAUUCUCAUGUUCAUUACGUUUUCCGGAAAGACAUCAGAACUCCUCAGCUUGUUACCACACCUCGACAAGCCUUCGUCGUUGGUGGUCCUCACGGGGCACACGAGACCGGACACCUGCGAGCUCGUCAAGCUCCGGCCGGACACGAUCCUCCUCCCGGCGCCGGUCCACGAGAGCGAAACGUCGUCUUUCGGCGUCUCAGCCCCGACGACCUCCACGACGGUCGCCCUGGCCGUGGGCGACGCGCUCGCCAUCGCCGCGGCGCAAGAGCUGCACCCCAACGUCGCGCAGGUCUUCUCCAGGAACCACCCGGGCGGCGCCAUCGGCGCCGCCUUCCGGAAGCCCCAGACGAUCCUGGACCUGGCCGUCCCCUGGGCCGACAUCCCUGACUCGGAGGGCCUGUGCGCAGACAGCAGCGUGGGCGCGGACCUCUUCCGGGCCGCGUACGACGCGGCGUCCGGGUGGGUGCGUGUCGGCGGCGACGUGGCGUCGCCGGGCAGGAUCCGGAAGCUCGCGACGCAGGACUUCGCGCGGCGGCUGCGCGACAUACCGCGCCUGAUGGUGCCACGGGCCGAGAUGCUCUCCAUCUCGGCGGGGACGACGAUACGGCGCGCCGCGGACUUUGUGAGGAGCAUGCAGGGCGCCGCGGACGACGGCGAGUACGUCUGCAGUCCGGAUUCCAUACUAGCCGUCCUGGACCAGGGGGACAUCGUGGGCGUUUUGGAAGUGGGAACGCUCUUGGAGUGGCGGGAAUGAGACCGUCUCUUGCUGGCGGCGGCGAUUAAUGAAGUGCGCAACAGGGAGUGGCAAAAGAAAAUCUCCAAAUCAUGGGUGUCCGUUUUUUUCUGGGACAUCACGCGGGGGCGAGGCUUUAUUUGUUUUUGAUAUCACUUGGGAAACCACGUCUGACCUUUGAGCUCGGGCGACGACGACGUUUGUCUGGGGUCGGCAUGUUACUGGAUCAAGACCGAAAUCGAGUCUUGAUGAAUCGUAUGGCGACUACGCCCACUUUUUUGCAUUGCAAUUUUCUUGUCAUCCCUGGACAUGAUGACGAUG